AUGUCCCCGCCUCUCCCCCCCGCCUCCCCCGACUGCCUCCAGUGCCGCGACUUUUCGGCCGCCGACGCCGUCGGCGGCAUGUACCCGCGCGACACGCUGCCCCGCUCCGACCCAAUCGGCUUCCUCGCGCACCACCUGUGCUCCCCGUUCCCCUCAGCGACGGACAAGGCGCGCGCAAUCUUCACCUGGUUCCACCAUAACAUGGACUAUGACGUCGCGUCGUUUGUCGGCCACCUCGGCGGCGUGGCCAUUGCCCCAUCAACCCCCGCCGAGUCCAUCCUGUCCGGGGUGGGCGUGUGCGCGGGCUAUGCGGGCUCGUAUGCCGCCAUCGCGACCGCCGCGGGGCUCGAGUGCACCGUCGUGAACGGGCACGGCAAAGGCGUCGGAUACCACGACUGGCAGGCCGGCGAGCCCGUGCCCGCGUACGACAUGAACCACGCGUGGAACGCCGUGCGGGUCGACGGCGGCGAGUGGAAGCUCGUCGACGCGUGCUGGGGCGCAGGUUACGUCGACAUGGCGGCGCAGGUGUACCACCGCAAGUUCAAGCCUGAGAUGUUUACGCGCCCCAACGACCAGUUUGGCUGGGCGCAUUUCCCCGAGAAGCCGGCGCACGCAUACCGCGAAGACGGCGCCAGCCUCACGUGGGACGAGUAUAUUGCCGGCCCGGGGCGCGGCGUGCCGCUCGCCCAGUGCUUCGGGGAGAAGGAGGGCAUCGACCCGUUCAGCCUCACGCCGGGGCGGUACAUCGCCGCUGGCUCGGACGCCGUCGUGCGCCUCCAGUUUUCGAAAGUCUGCGCGCACUGGAACAGCGAGGUGCACGGCCCGGACGGCGGGCGCGCCCCGCCGCUGGUGAUCAUGCCGCUGUGCGACCCGGCCGAGUUUGUGCCCUUCCACCACUCGCCGGACGGGUGCUGGUGGUGGCUGGACGUCGAGGCCCGGCGGCUGGGUAAACCGGGCGACCGCGCGCUCGUCGCCGUCCUCAAGACGCUCGGGGACAAGUCCGGGCGCGGGGUGAGCGCCGACGAGUUCCUGCGCCUCCACCGCCGCGUCGGAGUGUCGUUUGACACGGUCGCCGUGUGGGAACUCGUGUAG